CAAAUCUAUAACAUCAACGCAACGCAAACCGACGCAAACCAGCCAGUGAAACCCGUGAAACCGAGCAGGUGAAACGGGUGAAGCCUGUGCAUUGUCAAUUUCGAAAGAGACCGUGUGUAACUUCGUCCAUCGAGUUAGAAUGUACCGCAUGUGUUGCCGCAAAGUUCAAAAUCGUUUUAAACAUGAAUGAAUCAGUUCCAUUGUUUGCUUCCUAACGUUUCGUCUGAACACAUAGAACUGGAAAGCAAUCUAUGCCUUAGGUUGAGGAAUAAGGCAUCAUGUGCUGAAUGAAGAUUUGAGAUUGGGAGAAAUAUUUUCUCAAACAAUGACUGAAGAAAGACUAGUAACUGAGGUACCUAGUAGUCUGAAACAACUUGCAAGAUUGGUGGUUAGAGGUUUCUACACCAUUGAAGAUGCCUUGAUAGUGGAUAUGCUUGUGAGAAAUCCUUGCAUGAAAGAAGAUGAUAUAUGUGAACUCUUGAAAUUUGAAAGAAAAAUGUUAAGAGCACGUAUUGCUACUUUGAGAAAUGACAAAUUCAUCCAAGUUCGUUUGAAAAUGGAAACUGGUAUUGAUGGGAAAGCUCAAAAAGUAAAUUAUUAUUUCAUCAAUUAUAAGACAUUUGUGAAUGUUGUUAAAUACAAGUUGGAUUUGAUGCGGAAAAGAAUGGAAACUGAAGAACGAGAUGCCACAAGUAGAGCUAGUUUCAAGUGCCCAUCAUGUUGCAAAACUUUUACUGAUCUUGAGGCUGAUCAACUGUUUGAUGGACAAACAGGAGAAUUUCUCUGCACUUUCUGUAAAGAGGUAGUGGAGGAAGAUCAGUCAGCAUUGCCUAAAAAAGACUCCAGGCUUAUGUUAGCCAAGUUUAAUGAACAGUUGGAACCUCUUUAUAUUCUGUUAAGGGAAGUAGAAGGAAUAAAGUUGGCUCCAGAAAUACUUGAACCAGAGCCAGUGGAUAUCAGUACAAUUAGAGGUCUUGAUUCAAAGAAAAUGCUUGGGGCACCCAUCCGACCUCUGGGUGAAAAUUGGUCUGGGGAAGCCACUCGAAUGCAAGGUUUUGCUGUCGAAGAAACCCGAGUUGAUGUUACUAUUGGUGAUGAAACAAUUAAAGAACAAACAGCAAGAAAAGAAAGACCAAUAUGGAUGACUGAGAGUACAAUAAUUACACCGGACAGUGCUAUGAAUGAGCCUUUGACAAGUGUGAGUUCAUCUUUGGACACACCUGUUGAAAAAGUCCCCAAUAUAAGCGGCAAGGGUCAGGAAGAUAUUAUGUCAGUGUUGCUGGCUCAUGAGAAACGUGGGGGUGGUGGCCUGUCAACUGCUGCUGCUGUGAAGGCUGUUAUACCAGGUCAUAACGAGAGUGGAAGUGACUCUAGUGGUGAAGAAGAUAACCGGGAUAUGGCAUCAAUUGUCCAAGAUGAAAUAGGCACGCUGGAUUCAGAUGAAGAUGACUUUGUUCCUGUUGUGACAGUUGGGGACAGGACUGUACCAGUUACUGAAGUGAAUGAUUCUCUGAUUGCUCAAAUGACACCAGCAGAAAAAGAAACGUACAUUCAAGUUUAUCAGGAAUACUUUUCCCACAUUUAUGAUUGAAAUUAAAUCUAUGUUUCAGUUAUUCUGAAUGUAUUGUUAAAUUAAACAGGGUUGAAAUGAAAUAGUGCUGGUGCCAUAUUGAGAGUUCCAUUGGAUGUGCCUGAGAAUUAAUAUUUUUUACAUAAACAGAUAAUGACAUGUCAAAUUUUCUUGACAGGUUUUGUAAAUAUCUAAAAUAAAAAUUAUUUAAUCAUACUUACUUGAAAUUAGUGUGUUAUUCCAUUAUUUGUUUUAUGUGUAUAGUUUGAUAGAAGAAGAGGAAAAUGUGAUAUGAAUGUGGCCAGUGUCUAUUGUAUUUGAUUGUUUAUGUUGGUCAUAUGUUUUGUAUAAUUAUAUAAGAAAUCUGGAUCAGAAAACAUAAGUUUUUUGAGUUUGAAUAUGUAUAAUACAACCUAUUCUAAAAAUCCAUAACUGUCACAUGCUAAGGCCUAAAAGCACUUUCACAAGGGAGUAAGGCUCUACCAUCUCUAAAUUUUAAAAGUAAGAGUUACCAAAUUUACACACUUACAAUCUUAGAAUAUCUGUAUAUGGGGCCAUUGUAGUCAUUAAGAAUAAGAAACGUAAAUGCUGAUGGUAUUUAAAAAUGGACAGUAAAGAACAACUCCAUG